GUCAUUUGAAGUCGACGAAAAGUAAGGUUAUAUUUUUAUUUUUUCAUUACACGUGCGUAUUCCAACAAAAUGCAACUACCGAAGCCCAAAUUCGAUUCAAAAAAGGUCGAAGAAAUACUAACCAGAGAAAAUAAGUUCAUAUCUCACCUAUUUUCAAUAGCAGUCGUUCCGGAACGUAAAGGCGAAAGUGACGAUGAAAACGAUGAAGAUACCAAACAAAAAUUCUUCAAAGGCGACAAAACGAGAGCUUCGUCGCUAAGCGAGUUACAAGAACGCCUUCAAGCGAUUACAAGUAAAAAAACGUUAUCGUACAAGGAGAAGUUGACGAAGAAAGGCCUGAAAAAUCGAAUGAAAAAGAAGAAUAAGCGCGAUCAAAAAAAUGCCAGCGCCAAGUUGAUACGUGCUCAAAAAGUAACAGAAAAAGAUGUUAAAACUGAAGAUGAAGAUCCCAAACCCACCAAACCAGUUUUUAACAGUGAAGACAAGUUGGUAUUUAGUAAAUUUGAUUUUUCUGACAUUGGCAAGAAGAAGGUGAAAAAGGUUGAAAAAGACCCCAAAAAAUUACUAGAAAACCUUAAGAAGGAGAAAGAGAAAAUUUCACAGCUAAAACUGAGUGGUGAUGUGGAAAAAGCCAUAGAAAUAAAAGAAAAAACAUCAUGGAAAAACGCCUUGGCAAAAGCGGAAGGUAUCAAAGUUAAAGACGAUCCUACUUUACUAAAGAAAACGCUGAAAAAACAGGAGCAAAAACAAAGAUCGAGCAAGAAAAAGUGGGAGAACAGAAUCGCCGGAGUGGAAAAGGCAAAGCAAGAAAAACAGAAGAAGAGAACAGAAAACAUACAGAAGAAAAAAAAGGAUAAGAAAACGCAUAAGUUAAAAACAGCUGCUAAACGAGGAAAAAUAAUCCCUGGUUAUUAAACAUAGGUACAUAAAUUUUGUAAGAACUAUAAUAAAUAAUUUUUAUUUUAAU